AUGGACUCGCAACGGACGCGUGUCUCUGUCAUGGAAUCAGUCGCAAUUUUCUUACAAACCGUUGGUUUAAGGGAGUGCCAGAGAACGAGCUGCGAGCGGUUCCAGCACUCUUUGGAGACCAUCUCUAGGCAUAUGAAAAGGGUUUCGCGAGCUUUGAAUCUUGUUGCAUCGGAACUGAUAUGUCCUCCAAAUUUCAAUGUUAUACAUCCCAGAAUCCUUAACAAUAUACACUUCUUUCUAUACUUUAAGGAUUGUAUCGGCACAAUUGACGGAACACUUAUACCAGCAAGUGUUCCGGUGUCCAGGCAAAAUGCAUAUCGAUCACGUCACGGUGAUAUAUCAAAAAAUGUUAUGGUUGUUUGUGAUUUUGACUUGAUGUUCACAUAUGUCAUGGCUGGAUGGGAGGGUAGCGCAAAUGAUGCCCGUGUCUUCAUGGACUGCCUAAAUAAUGAUCUGAAUUUUCCUUGGCCACCAAAUGUGGAUUCCGCUUAUCCCAAUUUUCCUGGAUUUUUGGCACCGUGCCGUCAAGAUCGUUAUCAUAUCAACUCAUUUAGAGGUAACAAUCGGCAAGCCCAUUCACCAAAAGAGUUAUUUAAUCAACGUCACUCACAGUUGCGUAAUGUCAUCGAGCGGGCGUUUGGUGUGCUAAAGAACAGAUUCCCAAUUCUGAAAGGACCUAUGCCGCCAUACAGCUUAGAUCGUCAACGAGAUCUUGUCAUCGCAUGUUGUGUGAUCCACAACUUCAUACGAAAAUUUGGCAUAGAUGACCAAUUUUUUGAACAUGGGGAACGGGGAGAGUUUGACGAUCCCGACAAUGAAGCAAAUGACCAGUAUCGUCGUUUGCCUCAACAAUCGCAACAAGACAUUGAUACGCAAGCGGCAUUCCGCGAUGCAAUGGCCGGUCAUUUGUGGAAUGAUCGAGAUACCGGUAACGACAAUACUGAUUAA